AAAUCUACCCCUUUCCUUUUAAACUUUUUACAUCUACCCACCGUUUUUACAUAAUUCCAACUAUACCCUUAUCUCCUAAAUUAUCCCAAAACACAGAGCCUAACAGAGGCCAUAUACACUCCAUUGCAGCAAACAGCAGUUGAAGCUUCCUCUUUUGUUCCCAUGGAGACUCUGCUUCGGUGGGUAUUCAUGCCCUUUCUAAUUUUUUUUUUUUUAAUCAGCUCCAUAAAAACCCCCAUUUGUUUUUCUUCAAUCUCCCACAUCCAAGCUCAAACCUUGACAGAAAUUUUUCUCUCAUUUUCUAUCAGAUUUUGCAUUCGACCUCUAUUAUCUCAUGGAUUCGAGGUAUUUUCUUGCAAUUUCUCUAUGUUUCUUUUGUUUUUCCCCGAUUUAUCCCUUUCGGUUCCAGGAAAGCUCUUUCUCUUUCCCUUCGAAGCAGCUCUCUUCCUCUCGCUGGAACGUGGUCUCCCGUCAGAACGUCAUCUCUUCGCAGCUCUCCAAUUUGAAAAUCCCACUGCAUUAUCAAAGGACUUAGGAAUUUCAUUAAUAGCUGCAAAAGAAGGAAAUUUUCUCGAAGCUGAGAGGAUUUUCUUGGGAGGUCCAGAAAGUGCAGGAAAUUUUUUUCAGUGUACCGAGAGAAGGGGAAGAGGAGGAGGAGGACGAAGAGAGAGCGUGACGAGAGUGUCUUUGAAUUCGGGUGGCUCCACCAGAUUGAGAACGAGGUCGAACCUUUUCUUGGUGGUGUGUAAGUGCUUCAGCAUCUUGACCUCCUCUACAGUCGUUCUCUGUAUUGCUGUUAAUGUUCUCUCCGCCAUUCGAUCUUUCAAGGACGGAUAUGAUGUUUUCGAUGGGAUAUUUCGGUGUUAUGAGGUUUUGAUUGCAGCUUUUGUGGUUCUAGCUGAGACAGAGUGGGAACUCAUCAAAUUCUUGAAGAUCCAGUGUACUUGUCCAAGAAUCAAUGGAUAUAUAAGGCUGAGUUGGCAAGUUAUGUAAAGCAGCUUUAUGCACAAACCUCUGAAUCAGCUAGUUAUGUAUGGCACGACAUUGGUCUUCCAACAAGUAGGAUGCUUGUUUGGUACAAGUCAACAUUCUCAGCUCCUCUUGGUACUGAUCCAGUUGUGGUUGAUUUGAUGGGAUUGGGAAAAGAAGAAGCUUGGAUAAAUGUCAGAGCCUUGGAAGGUAUUGGCCAAAUUUUGAAGCCAAUGAAGAUGGUUGCAGUUAUAUUUGUAAUUAUCGUGGAGCAUACAAUAGUAAUAAGUGCCUAACCAAUUGAUCAUUACAGCGUUAAUACUUAAUUGCUCGAGCUCCUGUGAAUCCUGCGGGAACGGAAUAACAUUACUUGGAGGACCCGUCUUAAACGACAUUGUUUUGGCCUUUGAAACAAAGAAAAACCACUAUUAUUGUAUCUUUCCAUUCAAUUUAUACAAAAACUGAAAGUAACUACCAAUAGAAUUUUGAAAGAUUUCUGUUUAGUGUUGAAAGGAACAUUUUGUUAUCCUUUUAGUUGUUGUAUGCGUGUGUUAUGCAAUGUUGUAAGAAUGUAAUUAAUAGCUCAAGUGCUUAAUGUGUGAUUUGGUAAAAAAGUCGUUGGUUUCGUGUAUUGUUUUGUUGAAAAAGUCAUUUGUCGUAUUGUUUUGGUAAAA